AUGGACCUUAGGGCGGCGACGAAGAGGCAGGCUGAUAUUGCAACAUGGGUCUUGUGGGACAUAAGUAGGUGUCCUGUUCCCUCCGACGUUGAUGCUCGUCGUGUGGGUCCGUUUAUAAGACGGGCGUUGAAGAGUUUAGGUUACAACGGUGAUCUCACCAUUACCGCCAUUGGCAUACUUUCACAAGUCCCUAUUGACGUCCUUCGAGCCCUCUCUUCCACUGGUAUCCACCUUCAUCAUGUCCCCACCAUGUAUAACAAGUCGAUUAUGACUAGUGUGUACAUGUGGGAGAUGGAUAAUCUGCCUCCGGCUAAUGUCAUGCUCAUAUCCAUUCAGAGGAUCUUCGGUCAGUUUAUUGCCGAUCUAUCGGAGAAAUACUACGUUCUUGGCUCAAAAGUUCCAUAUGAUCGUCAACUAGAGCCCACCGUCUUCGCUAGGCGUGCAGGGUGCUUCCUCUGGGAAAGCUUACUCGCAAGCUUACGUGCAGAAGCCAGGAAGGAGUGCAGUGGAACAACGGGUAAUCUACAUUUUAUUGCUCAGGAUGCUGUCUUGGAGUUGGAUUAUUACCCUGGAGGAGUUGAGUCUGGCAAUGAAUCUCGUGCUCGCAAGGAGGAUGCUGCUGCCAUUCUAGCAAGGCUACAAGGGUUUAGAGAGGCCAGAAGACUUGAAGAAGAAGAAGAAGAAGCCAAGUACAAGAAACAAAGACUUGAAGAUCCUUAUUAUGAUGAAGAAUAUGACUAUGAAGCAGAAGCAGAGUAG